UCCGCCGCGCGCAGCUCUCUCUUCCGGCGACCAGACGAAGGGUGGUCUCCUCUCCGCUACUGUCUCGUCGAGCUCUCGCGAUCAGCUAUUUACUCGCCCGGAACACGUUCUCGCCAUGGCAGUCGGUGACCUGAAGACUGAUAAAGGCGUCGAGGACCUCAACACUUACCUCGCCGAGCGCAGUUAUAUCGAGGGGUGGCAACCAACUCAGGCCGAUGUUGCAGUACUCGAGGCACUGGGGAAAGCACCGACAUCUUCAAACCCCCAUGUACUCCGUUGGUACAACCACAUAAAAUCAUAUGAUUUGAAGUCACUUCCUGGAGAAAAGAAAGCACCUGCCAUCUUUAGCACCGCUAGUGCCACAGCUUCGUCCACAGGAAAGGCGAAUGACGACGACGACGAUCUAGAUCUAUUUGGCUCAGACGAGGAAGAGGAUGCGGAAGCUGCCAAGAUCAGAGAGGAAAGGUUAAAGGCGUACGCGGAGAAAAAAUCAAAAAAGCCCGCAGUCAUUGCCAAGUCGAGUAUCGUGAUGGACGUGAAGAGCUGGGGAGACGAAACCGAUAUGAAGGAAAUGGAAAAUGCAGUGAGAUCAAUUCAGAUGGACGGUCUUGUUUGGGGUGCAUCAAAACUUGUCCCGGUCGGCUAUGGCAUAAACAAGUUACAAAUAAUGUGUGUGAUAGAAGACGAGAAAGUAUCAGUGGAUUUGCUGAUUGAACAGAUUCAAGAUUUCGAGGAAUUAGUUCAAUCCGUAGAUAUUGCUUCGUUCAACAAGAUCUAAGGAACAAAAACAGCUCAUUACUUUUAAUAUUGAAUUAAUAAAUAUUAAUUGUUUGUAUAUACA